AUGAGCUAUCGUUGGCUAGCUCUUGACAAGAUUGUGCCAGGAACUUAUUGUAAUGCCCAGGGCAUAAUGAUUAAUAUUGGGGAUGUUGCAUCAGGCUUCUGGGCAAUGGUGAUCUGCAUUCACUCGUACUUUCUCGUAGUCCACUCGUACGAACACAAAAAUUUAGUUCCUGUAGCGAUGGCCGUUAUAUGGCCGUUAAAUAUCUUUAUCGCAUUUGCUGGCCUUUUAAUUUCAACACCUGCGGUACCGUUUUUCAACGCUUCUGGAUCAUGGUGUUGGAUAUCUGAGGCACACUCGAUAUAUCGUAUUGCGUUUCAUUAUGGCCUGAUUUUACUCAUAGCGACUGCAAUGUUGUUGAUAUAUAUAAUGAUGUUUAUCGUGCUGUACAAGAAACAAGUGGCUCUCCGCAAAGUGAAUAGAAGCAACAAGGUUUUACAGAAUGUUGCAAAAAAGUUGAUUUGGUAUCCAUUCGUUUACAUGAUGCUAGUAUUACCUUUGGGUUUACAACGACUGGCUGCAAUGGGAGGAAAAGAAUUUCCUGCACAAUACCUAGUAGUCGCUGCUUGUAUAUUCACAUCUGCCGGAACCGUCAAUGCAGCAAUAUAUGGCAUAACUCGCAACAUAAUAUCAGUGAAACCCGUAUUUGAAAUUAUACCAACCAUUAAACGUCGAAUUACUAUUAACGAAGGAGCAUCACGGUUAGACAUACCAGUGCAUACGACAAUCAUUACUGUUGUCACGACAACUACCGUUGAGAGCAGUAGAACCAGCACUUUGAUAAACUCUGACGGGAUUAAUUUGGAAGAGAACGCAACCGUGAAAGCAAACCAGGAAGAUAUGGAAGGACUGGUAGACGUAGAACUAGACACAAAAGAAACGCCAAAUUGA